AUGGCGGCUCGAUUGAACAGAGUCAAGGAUGGACUCAAGAAAAAAACACGUCUCGAUGGCUGGGUGCUUGAAAAGCAAGAAUCCAGCUAUGCGCCCCCAGGGACAUGGUCCAAUAUCGAUCUCGAUGUGACACCUCCCGAACGAAGAACAUGGACAGCUUGGACCAUCUUUGGAUAUUGGUUCAGUGAUAUCAUCAGCAUCCAGAGCUGGGAGACUGGUAGCACGAUUCUGGCUGUUGGGCUGACAUGGCGCGAAGCAAUCUUUAGCAUCGUCUUUGGGUCAUUUGUCAUGGGUGUUCCCAUGACUCUCAACGGAUACAGCGGUGCUGUAACGCAUGCCCCAUUCCCUAUCAUCGCCCGAGCAUCUUUUGGUUAUCAUUUGGCCAAAUUUCCUGUGGUGGUCCGCCUCAUUACGGUACUGUUCUGGCAUGCUAUCACGAACUUCCUGGCUGUUGGACCGAUGGUCCAGGUUAUCCGCGCCAUUUGGCCCUCGUUCAGGACCCUGCCCAACAGUAUACCCGCUUCGGCCGGCAUCACAACUCAGGAGAUGGUGGCUUAUUUCGUGCUCUGGACGGUACAAUUCCCCAUCCUGUUGAUUCCCCCACACAAGAUGCGAUGGUUGUUCUUCGUCAAGUGUGUCAUGUGCGUGGCGACGAUUGUGGGAAUGACAAUCUGGACAUGCACUCACAGUGGUGGAAGCGGCAAUAUCUGGGACCAGAAGGCCACUGUGUCAGGAUCUACGAAAUCGUGGCUCAUCAUGUGGUCGUUGAACAGCUGUACCGCCUCCUGGAGCACUGUAGGCGUCAACAUUCCGGACUUCACUCGCUAUCUUCGCAAGCCAAAAGACUCUGUAACUCAAGCCGUUUUCUUCCCAAUCAUUUGUACUUGGGUCGCCGUCAUCGGUGUGGUGGUUGCGUCUGCCUCGUUCAGGAUUUAUAAUGAAACCGUCUGGGAUCCUGUCGUCAUCAUGGACUCUUGGGACGGACCUGCCGGUCGUGCUGCAGCAUUCUUCGCCGGUGUAUCAUGGGUCAUUGCUCAAAUCUGCGUCAACAUGUCCGCAACCGUCAUCUCCGGUGCCAACGACAUGACCAACCUGUUCCCGAAAUGGUUCAAUAUCUUUCGAGGGACCGUAUUCAUCACCAUCAUUGGAGGCUGGGUCAUGGUUCCAUGGAAAAUUCUACACAGUGCCGGUUCGUUGUUGAGCUUCUUAAACUCUCUCGGAAUCUUCUUGGCACCCACAAUGGGUAUCUUGAUUGCGGAUUUCUACGUGGUCAAGAGGCAGCAUCUCGACAUCCCUGCUCUUUAUAAUCCUCAUGGCCGGUAUCGAUACGAGUUCAUGGGCAUCAACUGGCGCGCACUGGUUGCCCUUCUGCUCUCCAUUGUUCCUGCACUACCUGGCCUUGUUUACAACGUCAACCCGAAUGUCGACAUUGGAGGUGCAAGCUAUAUUACCCAGUUCAACUGGUAUUAUACCUUCUUUGUCUCGUUCAUCGUCCAUGCAGGACUCAGCUUGAUCUUCCCAGCGAAGGACACCUUGGUACCAUACAUGAUUGAGUCGAUUGAGAAUGCCGUUGAGGAUCAACCUGGGCUCGAGACGGAAACAGCCGUGAUCAGCGCGGAGAAGCAGUAAAUGGACUUCGAAUGGUGGUUGGGCUGCCACUUACGGAGGCGUGACGAUAUAGAUGAAGCGUUGUGUUGGGUGGGACGACCAGGACUUCACUGGUCUCGUUAGCAGUUGCAUCUGAUUUCUCGUACACAAUCCAGAAUUUGAAUUGUACUGCAUCGCACUG